AUGCACUCUCUCAAGUCUUCAGAAAUAAUGGCCCCUUCCUUAAGCGCACCUCAGCCGCCCCAACCGCCACAACCGCCUCCUCCAGGAGGGCAACAGUCCUUACCACAGCUGCCCAAGAGGCCAGAGACGGCAGGCUCAAGAGGUAUGAAGCCACUGGAGAGUGUGGAGCUGACAUGGCCCGACGACUGCGUUUUGAUGGGACCCGACGCUGGAUUCGAGUCCUUUCUUCAAGAUGACUUGUUGGAAGGCAACUACCCCUGGGCCAACGUCCCGAUGAGCUCCAGUCAGGUCCCGAUUUUGGAGGAACAACCUGGCGGUUAUGGCGUGCCGAGGCGCCUCUUUUUCCGACCUCAAGUGACCAUCAACGUCUAUAGCACUGGUGACUCGAGCAUAAGCGCAAGUGCAAGUGGCAGUGGAUCAGUCGCCAAAGUAACGGGGGAGGGACCGGGGAAAAGUUCAGGUUCGGGGGCAGCUUCAGGUCUUGGGGCCGGAGUUGGCUCAGGUACAGGCGUAGGGGAGGGUAUGGGAGCCGGACUUGGGUCAGGUACGGGCGUUGGCGCCGGUGUAGGUACCUGA